AUGCAGCGACUAACCGACGACGACGACGUCGCCGAGUCCCGCGCCGGCUCUACAGCCUCUACUUCUGCCGUCGCCUAUAUCCAACCGUCCUCCUCGCCCCGCGGUGGUGAUAGCGACGCGGAGCCGACGACCCGACGUGCCCCCGUCUCAAUUCCUCCCGACACCGUCCCGCCUGCCUCUGCCGCUUCCCCUUCUUCCCCCCGUCCAGGCCUGUCGGAUCAUCACAGACGUCGUCGUUCGAGUGUCGCUUCGGGACGAUGGGUAUCGUCCAGUAACCACCACCCCGGCCAGCCAGGUUCGCCGACGUAUCGACGCACGUCCCGAGCCGGCGGCACCUCUUGCUCCCCCAGGAGCGCCGUCAUCAUCCACCACCAGGACGUUUUCCAGCAGUACCAACCCACGUCGUUGUCGCCCGUUCCGCUUCCGCAGCAGCAGCCGAGGCGGCAGCAUCAGCAUCAGCAUCAGCAUCAGCAUCAGCAUCCGCAGCACCCGCAGCACCCGCAGUCGCCUUCCUGCUCCAGGUCUGGUCGUAUGCAGAGGUCGAUCAAGCGUUCGUUGAGGCACAUCAAGGCCGUUGACUGCACCAUGGACCAUGCCCCGUCCAAGAAGCCGCGGACGGGACCAUUGCCACCCGCAAGCUUCGACAUGGCUCCCUCGGCCACCCCUCAUUGCCAGUCGUCGACGCCGUCACGGCCCCAACGCGAGGACCCCAUCGCUCCCCUCUUCUUCUCUCACGCGCCGACGAGGCACCUUGGUUGCCCCCCGAGCGCCACGGCGUCCGAAACGGCCGCCACCAUGCUCUCGGGCAACCGCGACGACCGUAUGGGCAUCACAACCCUCAAGCUCCCCGGCGCCAGCAUCAGCUCGCCGAGCCCUGCCAUGUCGGGCAGCACCUCGGGCAGCUUGUGUUCGUCCCUCGACGCAACCACGCCCACCCUGGGCGGCCUCGAGUGUGCCAAGGCGCACCCCGCAGGCCCGCCGACGGUGCAGAACAUCAGCGCCAUGGAGCUUCUCGACAACGACGAGAGGCCCACCUUUCUCCUCGAUCUGACCAGUCCGAUGAAUGCCAACAAGCCGGGCAUCAACAUGCUCUACCAGAACAGUUCUCUGCGAUCUUGCCGAGAGAUAGGCAGCAUGCUCACCGUCGAACCUCAAGACUUUGCCCAGGCCUCGGCCUUUGACCAGUUUCGCUCCUGGGCCUAUGCCACCUCCAAGAGCACCAACAAUCUCGCCCUGCCGCUCCCGUACCACGACUACGGCGGCAUCACUUGGACUUCCACCACCUUGCGGCACCGGUUCCGAUUCGUGAGCGGCAACGUCACCCCCAUCUCCACCAGGACCGGCUCGCCCUUUGGCUUUCCCUCGGAGCCGAACUCGCCGAUGCAGGACUUUGUCGACCCUCCCAACUACUUUUGCGAUGCCGCCACCGCCAACUCCGGAGCGCCGCCUCAUGCGCCGAACCUUGGGCCUGUCGACGGCGAGCUCGACGGCGACGUCGCCGGCUGCCGUCCCCAAGAGUUCUCCAACGAGGUCAUCCGCUCGCAUUCGACCAAGACGGUCUUCGAUUGGACGAGGAUUCCCCUCACCGAGAGCCUUCCGGACCACAUCAAGUUCGCCAGGUCCGUCGACUGGGCUGCCACGUCCCUGGGCCCCAUUUCCGACUGGUCGUAUGAGCUGCGCGUCAUGUCGAACCUCGUCAUGGCCAGUCCUCACCCCGCCGCCAUGUACUGGGGUUCCGACUACAUCGCCAUAUACAACGCCGCCUACAUCAAGCUCGCCGGCGGCAAGCACCCGAAGCUGAUGGGCCAGAGCUACGUCGAAGCCUGGGCCGAGAUUUGGCACGAGAUCGAGCCCAUCUUCAAGAGCGCCAUGGAUUGCGGCCAGGCGACGAUGAAGCACGACAACCAGCUCUUCAUCAAUCGCGACGGCUUCCUCGAGGAGACCUUCUUCUCCUGGGCCAUCGUCCCCCUCGUCGGCAUGGACGGCGACGUCGUCGGCCUCUACAAUCCGGGAUUCGAAAACACCUUCCGCAGGGUCAACGACCGACGGAUGCUGACCCUCCGGGAGCUUGGUGAGAGGACGGCCUCGGCCACCUCCGUCGCCGGCUUCUGGCCCCAGGUGCAGAAGGGAUUCGAGUACAAUGACCACGACGUGCCCUUUAGCCUCAUCUACUCUGUCAAGGAAGAGUUUGAGAGCGACGUCUCCUCCCUGCAUUCCGGCAGCUUCGUGCAUUCGCCCCAGUUCGCCCUCGAAGGAUCGCGGGGUGCCCCCGAGGGACACCCGGCCGCGCCCGCUCACCUGGACCUGAGACACUCCGAGGAGGGCUUCGCGCCUUACAUGAAGCAGUGCAUGGCCACCGGUGGCGCCCCCGUCGUUCUCUCCGAGAAUGACGGUACCCUUCCGACGGAGCUGCUGGAAGGCAUCGACUGGCGCGGCUUCGGUGACCCGUGCCGAACCAUAGUCGUGUUCCCCGUCGUGCCCACGACGACCAAGGAGGCUGUCACCGGCUUCAUCGUCCUCGGCGUGAACCCGAGACGUCCGUACGACGACAACUACAAGCUCUUCAUCCACCUCCUCUCUCGUCAGCUGGCAACCUCGAUGGCCUCGGUCGUCCUGUUCGAGGAGGAGAUUCGUCGCGGCCAACGCGCGGCCCGGCUGGCGGCCCUCGACCGUCAGGAGCUCUCGAUGCAGCUUUCGCUGCGCACCCAGGAGGCCAGCGACAGCGAGUUUCGAUUCACCCGCAUGGCCGAGUUCGCCCCGGUCGGCAUGUUCAUCGCCGACACCCAAGGGCACAUCAACUACUGCAACGACAUGUGGUGGCAGAUUUCGAGGCACUCGCGCUACGACGAGACGAAGCUCGCCUGGAUGAACAGCGUGCGGGACGAGGAUCGCGAUUCCCUCGAGGCCGCGUGGAAGAAGCUGCUCGACGAGAAGGUGACCAUCGCCGUCGAGUUUCGUUUCAAGCAUAGCCAGAGGAACGGCGACCGCACCAUCGACACGUGGGUCCUCAUGAGCGCUUUCCCCGAGAAGACGCCGGAAGGGAACCUCAAAUCGAUCUUCGGUUGCAUCACCGACAUCUCAUCCCAGAAGUGGGCGGAGAAGGUCCAGAACGAGCGGCGAGAGGAAGCCGUCGAGCUCAAGCGACAGCAGGAAAACUUCAUCGACAUCACGAGCCACGAGAUGCGCAACCCCCUGUCUGCCAUUCUUCAGUGCGCCGAUCAAAUCGCCAACAACAUCUCCGCCUUCGUCUUUCAGAGGGACAAGGACCGGGUGGAGACGCUCCUCGAGGGCUGCCUGGAUGCUGCCAACACCAUCAACCUGUGCGCGAGCCAUCAGAAGCGCAUCGUCGACGACAUCCUGACCCUGUCGAAGCUCGACUCCAACCUCCUCGCCGUCACGCCCGUCGACGAGCAGCCGGUCAAGGUGGUGCAGCGAGCCCUCAAGAUGUUCGAGUCCGAGCUGAUGGCGCACGACAUCGAGUUCGAAUUCACCGUCGACGACAGUUUCGACAGGCACGGCGUCGUAUGGGCCAAGCUGGACCCGUCGAGGCUGCAGCAGGUCUUGAUCAACCUGAUGACCAACGCGAUCAAGUUCACGCAGGGACGAGAAAAGCGCAACAUUUCCGUGUCUCUCAGCGCGUCCAAGGAUCACCGCAGCGAGGCCAGCCGCAAGGGCAUCACGUACUUUGAACGAAACGACCACCAGCGAGCGGCGAGCAUGGACAUUGACGAAGACGAGUGGGGGAGCGGCGAGCGGAUCAACAUCCACUGCUCGGUCGAGGACACGGGGCCCGGCCUUGCCGAGGAGGAGCUGAAGAUCCUCUUCCAGCGGUUUAAGCAGGCGACGCCGCGCACGCACGUGCAGUACGGCGGCUCGGGCUUGGGCCUCUUCAUCUCCCGGAUCCUGACGGAGAUGCAGGGCGGCCAGAUUGGCGUCAUGUCCAAGCGAGGGAUGGGUAGCAAGUUCAACUUUUACAUCCAGAGUCGAAAGAGCGAGAACCCGCCUGCAGAGUUUGAGCACAUCUCGGACUUUAAGAUUGGGCGCAAAUCGCAGACGGCGACGGCCACGACAACUCCUCGACUGAACGGGGGCCGGUCCGCCGCUUCCCCCGGGGUUGUCAAGGUCCCCCAGGGCCGAGCACUAUUCGACGUGCUCAUCGUCGAGGACAACAUCGUCAACCAGAAGGUUUUGCAGCGACAGCUGCGAAACUACGGCAACAACACGUUCGUCGCCAACCAUGGCCGCGAGGCGCUGGAUACGAUUCAGAAAUCAAAGUUCUGGACGGGUCAAGAGAUGGAGGGUGUCGAAAUCUCGGUCAUUUUGAUGGACCUCGAGAUGCCCGUCAUGGACGGGAUGACAUGCGCCAGAAAAAUCCGAGAAUUGGAGAGGGAGGGAACGAUCGUCAAGCACAUCCCCAUCAUCGCGGUGACGGCAUAUGCGCGACCUGAGCAGAUUGAAAACGCCAAGGCGGCUGGCAUUGAUGACGUCAUAUCCAAACCAUUCCGCAUCCCCGAGCUGAUGCCUAGGAUCGAGGAGCUCGUCGGCAAGUACCAAAAUAUGUCUGUCGCUGCGGCCGUAUGA